CCACCACCACCACCACCAUCAUCAUCAUCAUCUUCUUCUUCUUUUCUUCUAUAAAACAUUCAACAAAAACCCCCGAAGCGGAGAAGAUAAGGAAAGAGAAGCAAGAAGAUAACGAGCUUCCGGCACCAUGUCCGUGAAGAAAACUCUCUCUCUAAACAGAGAGAAGGCCGGCAAAUCUGCCAUACCCGCCAAUAAAACCCUCUCCCUCAACGCCAACAACAGAGUGUCCUCCUCCUCGGAAGCCACGGGUGCUAGCAAUGAUGCUGUUGUUGCCAAGAAGAGGCGCACGGACAGGUGCUUCUCCUUCUCGUUCAUGGAGAUAAACAUCGAAAAGCCGGCGGGCUCGACAUCGCUCGAGGACGUUGACUCGAACAAGUUGAAGGCCGAGAUCAAGCGGUGGGCCAAAGCCGUCGUGAGGUACGCCCGCCAGGUGAGCGACCGCUUCGGGAGGUCGAGCUCGGGCUCCAACGUUAGUGGCUGAUCAUGUAUGCUGGAGAUCCCAAGUGAUUGUUUUCGUCAGGGAGGGAAGACAGAGAUGUACCUCAAAAGAGAAUUGAAGAGGAGGAAAGUGAUUGGAUGACGGGACUCGAGACAAGGUGAUGGAUUUUGCGUGUACAUAAUUUGGAAACGAAUAACGAUGUGAAUGAGAUUAUGGAAACUUUGAUUCUCGG